GAAACGCUUGACUCCAUCAAUGAGAAUGUUUGGAAUCUCUGCAGGAAUCCUUCUGUGAAAAUCCCAUGAGGAACUAAAGACACAUUCAGAUCACGGAAUUAAACUAUUUAUCAUCAUGGAUCUUUCAUUUAUGGCUGCGCAGCUUCCUGUAAUGAGCGGAGCUUUCAUGGACACAUCGCCCGUUGAUGACUGCAGUACAGAACACUCUCUCUUUAACUCAUCGGCCAGUGUGAACGCAGCACCCCCUGCAUCAGCACCCGCGCAACAAGAUGAGCAGCGCCACGUGUCCAGUGAUGCCAUCUGGCUGUGGAUUGCCAUCAUCGCCACCAUCGGCAACAUCGUGGUGGUUGGAGUGGUUUACGCUUUUACUUUCUGACCCCUCGUUUCUUAAGGAACUCAACAAGGCUUAACAGACAAUUGUAGACUGUGCAUAUGGCGUCCCAAAGGACAAAAGUCACAUGUUGGUAGAGAUGCUUUUAACCAAGGAGUUCUAAUAUAACUGGAAAGCAUUAUCCACUAGC